GUGUUUCUGACGUCUAUGCUUUCAGUUUCGUUGUUAUCUACUUCUGGACUGGUCAGAGAACUCGGUUUCGUUGUUGUCAUCUGGGUUGCUGUGGAGAAUAUAUGGACAGGACAUAUAAAAGUUAGAAGUCGCGUAAAGCUCAAGUCCUCUCACAGAGACAGUCACCGAUUAUUAUGUCAAUAGCGCAUUCCCCCGGGUUAUUGUAGCUCACAUAAACAGCAACGAUUAUGUCGAUACUAGUUGCACCUACAAAUGUAUAUCGCAUUUUGACAUCUUAGCCAAGACUGUGAUCCCCCAACCAAAGUUGUCCACAGCCAUGUCAGUGAGGAAUAUAUAUUCUAUCUUUGUCACGAGACGCAUAAUUGUUAGUCUAGUAGCGUUUCAACAGAAAGCUGUUACAGGCAGUCGUCCUGGAUGUCCUUGGUAAUAAGUACUAUGAUUACUUGUCAUAGUACAUCUCAGGAGGUAGCUGCAGGGUUAAGUGCUCUACGGGUGCGCUGAACACUCAGAACCAGUAUAAUGCCUUCCGUUAGUAGCAGGUUUCUACUCAUGGAACUUAGAAAAAAGUAGAUGUUAGGUACAUGUGUACUUAAGAACGACGAGGAUAGAUAUGGGCAUCAAUUGUUACCUGAUAAUGCGCACAUUUGGGAGGGUUGUCAAGCACUAGCGGCGUGUAACCGACGUUGAGACACAUGUAUCACGGAGACUGAGUGCUAACCAGCUUUCAAAAAAGUUGAGGGGGUGACUUGACGGUGGUGCUUCGAAACCUAGUACGAGAUUACACAUUUAGAUGAGUAUUGUAAACACUAGUGGCUAGAUAAUUUUCGGCGAGUAAAAGCACAAUUUUUUGCUGAGAUGACGAACAUCUGCGAGGGUUUUUGUUCAUUUAUGGGUCUGAUUCUGGCGUUUAACAUUGGAGUGCAGCCACGCCAUACGACUGGUUACAUCCACCAGUUGUGAAAUGUAGGUCUGGUCUGUGAAGACAAGUACACGCAUUCCUUCCCCCAAAAUUGAAAGUUAGUCGAAGAAGUAUGCUGUUAUUUUGCCAUCUUGCUUUCGGCUUGCUAGUGCCUUAGAAACUGAGCUAGGAUCAGCCGCAUACGGUUGUUGGGAAAUCUGGUGUUUCUGGGACUAAUUUGUAGCACAAAUCACCUCCCAAAAGACUAUGAAACACAACAAGUGGUUAUAUGGUUCGUUGUCGAAUCUUUGACUUAUUUUUAAAAAACAGCACGUUUAUGUAGACUAGAUACAACUUUUACGCAUUUAAGUGCCAUUUACCGUAAUUUGCAAGGACCAACAAGUUUUCAAUUUGUUUACGUAGCCGUGUAAUUUGUUAUUGCUGUGAUUGCCUGAAAAUGAUCAGUAGUAUGACAUAUGGUCUCUAGAUUUGUUUGGUUCCAUCAAUCUGCAUAAGCUAUCUGGUUACUGGCUGUUGUUUCCAUAGUUUUUCCGACUGCUGGUUAAGCUCACCUUCAGUGAAUGUUGAGUUGGGCACUUUUCAUCACUGCUUUAAUAUCACAGGGAAACAGCUCAACUACUAUCCUAACAGUUCUGUGCAUCAUUUGUCGACUGGUGUGUGACACGACAUUCCAACUGCAUUUGUUGUGGUGCUGUUUCUGGUCACUUAUGUAGUGUGCGCUUCGCAUCACUGUGUGGUGCGGGAUAAAAUACAAACUUAAAGCAGAUAAUUUCUGUGAUGGUGUAAAAUGAUACGCAUGGGCGACUGUAUUUCACCCUCUAGGUUGUCCUGUAUAUUGGAUAUCGCUACUUCGUAAUAUUUACAGAUGGACCAACGAAUUAGUACAGAAACACCCUUUUAUAUCACAUGUCCCAGUCAGCGCCAACUCGCAAACUGGUUUUGAAACUUUCGCAAAAUUUUACGCAUAAUCUCUACUGGUCUGCAUUUUUCACUCGACAUAGGUGAUGCGACGGAGGUACAGCUGUAGACUAUCUCACACUUUAGUGUUUUUCACGUACGGAUACUUUAUAUGCUUAGUCCAGGCAUAAGCCUCAAUCAGUCCUGCAGCUCGUGCCAGAUGUAUUUCUGAGGACAUUAAGUCUGUCACUCACCACAUAUCAUAACAAUCCCUUGGAAGUUGAGGUGGGACGGGCUCUUCUCUGUGAAAUAACUAGGUAAAGGUGCCGUGGGACAUUUCGUGAUUUUACGGCUAGAAAUAGUAGUUAGUCCGUCCUAACAAUGUUACCUUUGCUGGUCAAAGCACUUAGGUCUGCCACUUUCCUCAUUUCAAUUUGAAAGUGGCUUUUGGAAUUCACCCAGAGAUACAAAACUGAUGCAUAGUAGCCAAGCAUAUGAGGUAUAUUAAUAGGCAUAGUAGGCCUGUUGAAAUAUUCACUUUAAAUUCGGUAGGGAAUGCCAGGUGAGGUUUUCGGGAAGUUAUGAUGAUCGUAUCUUUCACGAGGCUUCAAAGCAUAAGUGUUAACAUCAUAUAAACCCUUUUAGAUAGUUCCUAGUGGAUGCCUGACGUUCUCGUCAGUAGGCAGAAGCUAGAGACUAACUGCUGUUUCCUACUUAAUGUCAGCUUCUAAUGCGUUCGCAAGUAGUUUCAUGCUCACAGAGGUGGCGAACUUGUGCCCAUCCACUAUGCUUCCGUACUUGUCAGUAUUCGGGCCCUUAGUGAUGUCACUACAUUUUGCCCUAGACAAAAUUUAGCAUGUUACUUCGCUAUAAAUAUGGUUAAUGGCUAAGCUGGAAAUACGAUAAGCAAAUGAAUGUCAUAUUCUUUACUCUGUCUCGUAAUAUACUCAAAGUUUUGGACCAGUCAUUCAGUCUACUCUAAAAGCAAUAACUUGGUGGUUUCAACUAGCUAAUUACUGUGAUUGGUAGUGGUGGUAAGUUCCAUAUGAGCGCACACUACCAGUUUGCACAUUCCAGUCAUUGUUUUGCCUGUUACUGAGACGGAUUAUUUUUGUUACAUUUAAAGUAGUUACGUGAAGCGGUCUUGAAGUAUCCUGUCUGCAUUUUCCAAUUUUUUGAUCUUGGUAGCUGAGUCCUUUACGUAUAACUGUUAGUAGUAGUAUUACUAGUUUGUUGGUUCUAAAUGAGCGCAUUGUUAUCCUAGUUGAGACGUCUGACGGGGAUGAAGUUUCUGUUAAACAUGAUUAGCUGUAUUGACUUGAAAUGUGUCUGAGGCGACUCAGGUUACGGGUGACAUUUUCGCAACACAAGUUUUUCCAAGGAUUUGUAUUGACGAUGUAUUAUUACUACCUGAAUAUUUAGUUUCGUCGGAUGUGCUGUGGUCGCUGUCACUAGUGAGUCAUAACCCCAAAUAUCUAGGCAACAGUACCCAGUUGCUAGAUUAGUAGCAUCCGUUUUCAUUCACAGUAUCUCAGAUACUGCCGGCCUCUGACAAUCUUAGUUAUUAGCAUGGCAAUCAUAUUGGUCGCCUCACUCUGUAAUGCUUGGCAAAAAGGACCUGAAAAUCACUGGUUCACAUCUUGUUACGGUUCAAAUACAUCUUGUCCGUGAAAGGUUAGGUUGGCAUGGAAUUUCAUUUCCUCCAGCGAAUAAAUGCAGUCUACUCUUGUACGACUGCUUUAUACUCUUUAAUUGCUCUUACUUUCCGCUGUAUACUUCGGGGCGACUUUCAGACGCACUUAUGAUUACCUAUAAUCUGCUGCUGUCCAAUAACUGAUGAUGACUCGGAUUUCACAUUUUCCUUAAACACCUACUUAGCUUCCCUUCUGUUAUACUUGGCGGUGAUUACACCUAUAAGUUUGGAUUUCAAAGUGUUUCAAAAUUAUUGUUUACAACCUAAUAAGAUAUACUGCUCUAAAAUCUGUUUCAAGAAUAUGGUACUUCUCAAAAGUGGCUAGUGUCGAUACCCUAGUCUUGCACCUAGUGGGCAUGUAACGCGUAUUCCUUUGUCUUGAUUUCGGAAACAAACCAAAAUGUGAUACGUUUCACUGAAUUCUUCCUAAAUGUUUACCACGCAUCAUAUAUAGAUGUUAAUCGCCCAGAUUAACGACUUAUUAGUACACAAAGCUUCUGCAUUAAAAACAUUGGAACGCUAAAAUUUUGACUUGUAAUGCAUGGCUGAACGGUUUGGCGUCUGUAGCUAAGACGCCUUGUGUGUAAAAGCAGCAGGAGACGUAAGAUGUUUUAUUGUAUUGCACUUUGUUAUGUUUGAUUUAAAUGUGUUUAGUGAUAACUUGAUUUCAACCAGAUUAUUCAAAAUUGAGUUCGCUAAAACUUUUUUUCAGCUUUUAAUUCUACCCAGUGUUCACCUCGGCCACUGAAUAUGGCUGGAUUCAUCCCGUCCAUGACGAGUGGUUGUUGUGGGUGUCACAUCGUGUGUGAGCUUCAAGAAGCUGAAUAUUUUCCUUGCAGUCAUGGAACCUACGAGAUUACUUGAAGCCUACCGGAGCACCUGACAGACUCAGGUGGGAUCAUGCAACAAUCAGUCUCUGCGUUGGUGGAGUUGAUGUCUUCUGCUAAUCGCAAACUAGUUCCGAAGUGCAUUUCAUUGCGCAUUAUUGCUUCUUCGACACCUGAAAUUCAACUGCAAUUGUGUAGAGAUGGUGCAUGGGACAUUCUACUUAAAUGGCUUCAAGAAGCCCUCAAAGAGGACAACUAUGCAUUCCUUUUGGAACUUCUAAACGUAUAUUCACUUUUGCCUGUCCGACUAGAGCAACUAACACAAAAUGUUUGUCCUAAACUUAUAAACUCGCUUACAAAACGUUGCGACCACGAAGAAGUGAAAGCUGUGGCUAGUGUCAUCGUUAAGAAAUGGAAAGAGGUGAUCAGUUCUGAUUCCCGCCGGUUGGAAUCUUCUCAUGUAAAAAGGAAGAAACUUGAACACGAAACUAAGAGUUUGAACAAGGAGGUUCUUACAAAUGAGACAACAAAAGAUGAAAAGAAACGGCGAACAACCGUCAAAAUCCCACCUAAUAAUAUGCGAACUGCAGGGAUAGAGGAAAAUACGGCCCAAGGGCAACCGAAGUCUAGGUCAGAUAUACUCGCUAAGAAGAGCAAAAUUGAUCAAAGUAGUAACCUUACCGCUGAACUUCCGAUUGAGUCCUUUCAUCAGAAGAUAACUGUUACUCCAGCUGAACCGCGCAAAGAGUUGCAUGAAAGUUCAGAUUUCAUAAAUGCAUUAACAACAACACCCUGUCCAGUCGUGCGCAAGAAAAGAAAGAUUUCCACAAGGAUAGAACCAGUUGUACAGACGGACCUCUCUAUAAAUAAAGACGAAAGCUCCAUGGAAAUAUCGGACCAAAGCUGUGUAGCUGAGUCUUCCCCAGCUUCAUCUAGAGGAAUGGGGUCAAGAAAAUCCUCAUUAUCUAGUCUGUAUUCAGCAUUUCCAGCAGACAAUAAGCCGAAAAAACGUGUUUCUUGGGCUGAUGAAGACAAACUGCAGAUAUUUCAUUAUUUUGAACUAGAUGAGUCGGAAAGAGUAAAUGUAAAUCGUGUAUCUAUUGAGGACAUUCGUCGAAAGGAGCAUUCCAUGGAACGUCAGCUUUUCAAACGAUCUUAUGAAGACACAGAGGUUGAUUCUCAAAAGUGGUAUUCACCUUAUCCAUUGGAAAGGAUCUUCUUGGUUGAACCAGGUUGUAAAUCUAUUGAACGUCAAAUACAGUUGGAACGAGAACGUUUUGUUCUUCAAGCAAUGUAUUUCACCCGUGAUAGCAUCCCACAAACUCCUGAAGAACCUGAUAUGGAGAUCGUGGAGCAUGUUCCUCCACUUCAAAUACCAUUGGAUGAUCUCACUGUUUAUGAAUCAGUUGAUAAAAACGCACAAAUCAAUUCAGAAAAGUUACUUGUCCAAGAUUCUGUGGGAAAUUCACAAAUGUCUUUAAAUCCUGAAGUCGCUAACUUGGUGAAGUCCUUAGCUGCUAAUCUAACCAGUUCUUCAUCUGAUAUGCAUCAAAAAAUUCCUCCCCAAAGUAAUUAUGGUGUAGAUCCUACAAGCUGCUCAGAAUUCCCUUCACAGUCAAAUUUCAUGCGUAAUGGGCCUCAAUCAAACGUUGACAGUCCAAACUCUGAGUCUAUCCGUGGAACUGAUGUCACUCCUCCUAUUGACCAAAUGUUACAAAAGGAGCUGUGGGAAGUCCUCGAGAAAAAUUAUCCAGAUAUUGAUGUUCACGAACUGAGUGCUGAGCGUAUCCGUGAUCUUCUUGAGCCACUACGAGAUCAACUGGUGGCACGAGGUAUCUUCCACUUUCGCAGUUCAUGUCCUCCGAGGGCACCAAUGCAGUAUUCUGAAUGCCCAAUGGACCCCCCUUCGCCUCACCAGGCUUACCGUCCACCUUUUAAUUGCCCUCCACGUUAUUCCAACCCUAUCCCCAGGUCCGAUUUCCCACCUCCUCCCCAUGGUCCCAGGCUGUGCCCUCCUAACCCUCCUAGUUUUGGGCCUAUAAAUCGUAAUCCCAACAGACCCCCUUUUCCGUCACCAAGUCCACCACCAUUGCCUAACUUUACGCAAAAUCCGAUACCACCCUAUAACGGCCCUCCUUCUCGUGCCCCAUCUUUUCCUCGUGGAAAUUCUCGAAUGAGAAAUGGUCAACCCUGCAAGUUUUUCCAACAAGGAGGAUGUCGAAAUGGACAUUCAUGUAACUUUAUGCACUCCCGGUGAAAGAAUCUUUUAUUCUCCUUUAUUUAGUGUCCAUAGCUCUGUAUAGAAUUACGUCAAUUUUGAUUUAUGCAUUUGACUUUCAAUGGUUUCUUAAAUGAAUUCUGAAUAAUUUGUCACUUGAAAGUUUGUAAAUAAAAGAGUGAAAUUUUGUACAGUUCCCUUUAACACAGAAUAUUUAUUUUAUGGAGUUGAUCAAAUAAAACAACGAAAUACAGGU